CACUUUCCAGCAUCAUCAGGUACCAGAUCGGACAGCAUUCUUAAGCAGGAUGUCCUCCUCGUGGUGUAUAGUCUUACUGGGCUGUGUGGUCCUUGGGGUGUCACUGUCAGAAGCUGCUCCCCGCUCCUCCUGCCCCUUUGGUUGGUUUUAUUAUAAGUCCCACUGCUAUGGAUAUUUCCGAUUCCGACUGACCUGGUCUGAGGCUGAGUUUGAAUGUGUCAGUUACGGGCAUGGUGCACAUUUGGCCUCCAUAUUGGAUGAAGCAGAGGCAUCAAUAAUUGGAAGUCACGUUUCUGCUUAUACACCGUCUGUAGAUGUUUGGAUUGGACUCCAUGACCCUGAGCAGAACCGUCGUUGGAAGUGGAAUGAUGGCUCAAUGUACAACUACAGGACAUGGGAGAAUGGAGAACCCAAUAAUCUGAAUAAUGAGGAGUACUGUGGAGAGCUGACUAUAGGAUCCAAAUUCAAUAAGUGGAAUGAUGCUCCGUGUCGCAUGCAAAACCACUUUGUGUGCAAAUUCAAACCCUAAGUCCAAGGCAUAUUGCUAUGUGUGCUAUGUUAGUGAUGGAUUGUGGUGUACAUAAUGAGAAAGUCUAUAUAUAAUAAUAAUAAAUGAAUUCAUCUCCAAAA